UUCUGCGCCUGUUACUUUCUUUGUCCUCGUGGUUUACGUUUUCAGUUUUGCCUGCAAUCAGUAUAAUAUGAACACUUCUGUGAGGCUCUAUCGCCGUAUUCUUAAGCUACACAGGAACCUUCCUCUCACAGCUAAGGCUUUAGGAGACCAGUAUUUAAAAGAUGAGUUUAGGAGACACAAAAAUGCCACACGGGAACAACUCACAGAAUUCAUCCAAGAGUGGAAGAUGUAUGCUGAUAUGCUAGAAAGACAACAAGAACAAGGCAAGGACUUUGGAAGCUACUUAUCAGAGGAUCAAUUGGCAAGUGCAAACAAUGAGCAGUUAUGCCAGCUUUAUGCAUUACAUCAAGAAAUAGCCACUGACUCAGACACCACCAAACAUCAUUAAUUUUUGGAUGGGUAUAAGCUAAAUUGGCUGGAGAAUCUCUGGGGCUUUGGUGGAAUGGAAAAUUCUGGGUACCAUUAAUGAAAAAGUAACAGCACAGGGCUCGACACUAAUUUUUCAACUUACUACCCAAGUGGCUAGUGACAUCUUAGAUGUUUUUAGAUGU